UCUGGAUUGGUUUUCUUCCACUACUAUCCAACCGGAGAAUGGACGAUUAAUUAAUCCUCCAAAUGAAGUACCAUCGUCACGCAAGGAACAGUUUGUAUUUCUAUUCCUAGCCAUGGUGGGUUGCUUUGCUCCAUCACCCUUGGGUCCAGAUCAAGGCUCACAAAGGAAGUGGAUCCAAAAGAAGAAGAAGAAGAAGGAGGCUAGAGUUGGUGGAAUCUUAAUGAUCAGCUCUAUCUUGCUUAUGUUUAUGUUGCAAAUGAGCAGAGUUGAAGUACAAGCUGCGUAUCUUCCUCAAGCUGAAGUGGAAGCUCUACGCGAAAUUGCGACACAACUGGGAAAAAGAGAUUGGAAUUUCAGUGUAGACCCUUGCAGUCGUGAAUCAAGCUGGGAGACACCAAAAUCCGAAAGCAUGCCACAGUACAACAAUACUAUCCUCUGUAAUUGCACAGGCCUGGAUGGUGUAUGCCAUGUUGUUCGCAUAAUUCUCAAAGGGCAAGAUCUUGAUGGUGUGCUUCCACCAUCAAUUGCGAAGCUGCCUUUCUUUAAGGAACUUGAUCUAACUCGCAACUAUCUUAGUGGCAAUAUACCACGAGAGUGGGUUUCCACAAAACUGGAAAUUCUGUCCAUCUCAGUGAACCGCUUAACAGGUCAGAUUCCAAGUUACAUGGGAGGAAUGACCUCGCUCAAAUACUUGAACCUAGAGAACAAUAUGUUUUAUGGACCUGUUCCUGCUGAGCUUGGAAACUUGGUUGAUUUGGAGUCUCUCAUUCUUAGUGCCAACAACCUCUCUGGAUCUUUACCUCAGAAUCUCACUAUGAUCACCAAUUUAACAGAUUUUAGGAUUAGUGGUAACAAUUUCAGUGGAAAAAUACCCAGUUUAAUUCAGAAUUGGAAAGGACUUAAGAGGCUAGAGAUCCAAGGUAGUGGUCUUGAAGGGCCUAUACCCUCUAGCAUUUCUGCCUUGACUAAUUUAAUUGAUCUGAGGAUCAGUGACAUACUUGGGGAAGGUUCUGAUUUUCCAAAUUUACAAAACAUGACAAAAAUUCAAUAUUUGACAUUGAGGAACUGCAAUUUAUCUGGACCUUUCCCUGACUAUAUCGUCCAAAUGGGAACUCUUUUCAUUCUAGAUCUCAGUUUCAAUAGAUUGACCGGCAAUCUUCCAAUUCCAACAAACAAUGAAUAUCUGGCAGUCUGUAUGGCGAACAACUUGCUAAAUGGACCCAUUCCAGACUGGAUCAUGAACAGAAAAAGUCCAACGGAUGUUUCUUACAAUAACUUUUCCGGAACUCCUGACCCAAGGGCUUGUCGAGAUAAUCUGAAUUUGUUCAAAAGCACCUCUCGAGGGAAGGACUUAAAGGCUGUGGAGUCACUGGAGUGCUUGGGUAACUAUGGUUGUUCAAAAGAUCAUUAUUCAUUGCAUAUAAACUGUGGUGGAAGAGAAAUCACCAUUGGGAAGUUCCGCUAUGAAGCAGAUGAAAAAAAUGGAGGUGAAGCACUAUAUGUCACCUCGAAAGACAAUUGGGUACUUAGUAGCACUGGACGUUUUAGGGAUACAAAUAAUGCACUAGACCAGUUCAUAGCAAAAAAUGUGUCCGUACUGAGUAUGAACAACUCCGAAUUGUACACAAGUGCACGUCUGUCUCCCCUCUCUCUCACAUACUAUGCACGUUGUUUAGCAAAAGGGAAUUAUACUGUGAAGCUUCACUUCGCGGAGAUAGUAAUCAGGGAUAACAGAUCCUUCCAAAGUCUGGGAAGACGGAUAUUUGAUGUUUAUAUCCAGGGUGAACUCGUGUUGAAAGAUUUUGAGAUCAAGAAGAAAGCACCAGGGGUAGAUAAAGUACUAAUUACACCAUUUAAGGCAGUUGUUAAGGAUGGAACUUUAGAGAUACUCUUUCAAUGGGUUGGGAAAGGAACAACUGCUGCCCCACAUAGAGGAAUAUUUGGUCCUCUCAUAUCUGCCAUUGACGUGGAAGCUGAUUUUAAGCCUCCUAUUGACUGGAAGAAGUUCAUUGUGGCUGGAGCCGUUGUUUUUCCAUUGCUCCUCAUUUUCAUUAUUGUAGGCAUUCUUUGGUGGAAAGGUUGUUUAGGAGGCAGGAUAUUAAGGGAAAAAGAUCUUAAAGGGCUGGAUCUGCAAACUGGUUCCUUCACUUUGAGACAACUAAGAGCUGCCACUAACAAUUUUGAUUCUGCAAACAAGAUUGGAGAAGGUGGUUUUGGGUCUGUAUACAAGGGUGAAUUAUUAGAUGGCACCAUUAUAGCUGUGAAGCAACUAUCUUCCAAAUCCAGGCAAGGAAACCGUGAAUUUGUGACUGAAAUAGGAAUGAUAUCUGGUUUAAGGCACCCAAAUCUUGUAAAGCUUUAUGGAUGUUGUGUUGAAGGAAAUCAGUUACUGCUGGUAUACGAGUAUAUGGAAAACAAUAGCCUGGCACAUGCACUCUUUGAUUCAGAAACAAGUUCUCUGAUGUUGGACUGGGCAACAAGACAGAAGAUUUGUGUAGGAAUAGCCAGAGGUCUAGCAUUUCUCCAUGAAGAAUCACCACUGAGGAUCAUCCAUAGAGACAUCAAAGCAACAAAUGUCCUGCUUGAUAGAGAUCUGAAUGCCAAGAUAUCGGAUUUUGGACUAGCAAAGCUCUUUGAGGAGGAUAAUACUCACGUUAGCACCAGAAUUGCAGGAACUAUAGGAUAUAUGGCUCCAGAAUAUGCACUCUGGGGUUAUCUAACAGAAAAGGCAGAUGUUUAUAGCUUUGGGGUUGUUGCUCUGGAAAUUGUCAGUGGAAGGUGCAAUACCAGUUACAGGCCGAAAAAUGAUGCUGUUUGUCUUCUUGAUUGGGCCUUCAUUUUGCAUCAGAGAGGAAAUCUAAUGGAGAUAGUGGACCCAAGGUUGGGGUUUGAAUUCAACGUGGAAGAGGCUGAAAGGAUGCUUAAAGUGGCUCUUUUAUGCACCAAUGCAUCACCAACGAUAAGGCCUACAAUGUCAGCUGCUCUGAGUAUGCUUGAAGGACAAAAAAGCAUCGAGGAAGUGGUAUCAGAUCCUAGCAUUUAUGCUGAUGGCAUGCGAUUUAAACCCCUCAAGAACCAUCACCAGCAGAUUUCACACGACGGUUCAAGCACAAGCCAGGCACUAACUUUUUCAUCAGAUAAUACAGGGGUUGGAUCUUCCACCAUAUCUGGUCAUGAUCUCUACCCCAUUAAUCCGGAGUCCACAAAUUUUAAGUUAAGUGAAACUUCACCACUUUCAUGCCAGUGGUAGGAUCAAUAACCAAGAUGGUUUCAGAAUUUCAUAUUGUUCAGGUACUAGUUGAAUUUAUCUUGCUGUAAUAUAAUUCUCUUCUCGUCAAUUGUUAUAAACUAGUAUAUUUACUCAAAGUAGCAAGUUGAAUUUGUAAUUUUGUAUGAGGUCUGAACCGACAGCUUGUGUCUCUUUCUUCUUGGUUGCAAUAUUUGUGUGUAUUACUCCCUCCGUUUUUUGUUACAUAUCGUUUUAGGAGUUUAUUCAUAUACACUCAGAUAAUUUUACUAUUUAUAGAAUAACUUUUUCACC